GCUGGGCCUGGCGGAGCGGCGGGAGUAGCAGCGACUGCCGGUGUUUGCGGGUCGCGGGGAGUCGGGCCUGCAGGCGGGUUGUGUCGCGAUGCCGGAGCUGGCCGUGCAGAAGGUGGUGGUCCACCCCCUGGUGCUGCUCAGUGUGGUGGAUCAUUUCAACCGAAUCGGCAAGGUUGGAAACCAGAAGCGCGUUGUCGGGGUGCUUUUGGGGUCAUGGCAAAAGAAAGUACUUGAUGUGUCCAACAGUUUUGCAGUCCCUUUUGAUGAAGAUGACAAGGAUGAUUCUGUCUGGUUUUUAGACCAUGAUUAUUUGGAAAACAUGUACGGAAUGUUUAAGAAGGUCAAUGCCAGAGAAAGAAUCGUUGGGUGGUACCACACAGGCCCUAAGCUGCACAAGAAUGACAUUGCCAUCAAUGAACUCAUGAAGAGAUACUGCCCGAACUCAGUACUGGUCAUUAUCGAUGUGAAGCCAAAGGACCUGGGGCUGCCCACAGAAGCAUAUAUCUCAGUGGAAGAAGUUCAUGACGACGGAACCCCAACCUCGAAGACAUUUGAGCACGUGACCAGUGAAAUUGGAGCAGAGGAAGCUGAGGAGGUGGGAGUGGAACACUUGCUACGAGACAUCAAAGACACGACGGUGGGCACGCUCUCCCAGCGGAUCACAAACCAGGUCCACGGCUUGAAGGGACUGAACUCCAAGCUGCUGGACAUCAGGGGCUACCUGGAGAAAGUGGCCACGGGCAAGCUGCCCAUCAGCCAUCAGAUCAUCUACCAGCUGCAGGAUGUGUUCAACCUGCUGCCCGACGUGAGCCUGCAGGAGUUUGUCAAGGCCUUCUACCUGAAGACCAACGACCAGAUGGUGGUGGUGUACUUGGCCUCACUCAUCCGGUCCGUGGUCGCCCUGCACAACCUCAUCAACAACAAGAUUGCCAACCGGGAUGCAGAGAAGAAAGAAGGGCAGGAAAAGGAAGAGAGCAAAAAGGAUAGGAAAGAUGACAAAGAGAAAGAGAAAGACAAGGAAAAGAGUGACGUAAAGAAAGAAGAGAAAAAGGAGAAAAAGUAAAAACGUGUAGCUUUUUAAAUUUGUAAAUUAAAAACUUACAAACUAAAUCAGCGUGCCACCAGAGGGUUCUUUUUCACGUUCAGUGCUUGUUAAAAAGCCGUCCUGAUGAGAGCUCUCUGCCCGCGUCAUGAAGGGGAAUGGGUAGAGGGACGAGCCGCACCUCAGGCCGCAGCAUCGGCGUCGGCCACUGCAGGUCGGGGUGACAGCUCAGGCCUCGGGAGGCGAGGAAGUGAAGAGGCCGCCUGCACCGGGUGUGGUACUCUUCGUUCUCUGAUCCGACAAGCCAGGCGCUGGUUUUCCAUCUUGAAUGACUCGUGGGGUCUGUUUGCGGUUUCACAGAACUGCUCAUGGAACGCAUAGAUGCCAUUCAUUCUCCGCCUUGUGCAGCCCUUGAGUUCUGACCCCGCUGAAGCUGGUGAGAAUACGCGCCGUGCGUGGCCCUGGCGCUGUGGCAUUCUCAGGGCUUGGGACCCGUAUGUUGUUUACCUUCAGACACGAUUAAAUGGUUUGGUUUUUAA